AUGUCGCUCAUUUUUAGCAAGACAAAGUCAUUUUUUCUCUUUGCGCACAUUCUUAUCACUCUUGUCACCAGCCGCUCCUGGUGUGUAGCCUCAAAUGUGACAGCCAGGGGUGCAUCCUACGGCGCAGUCAUUACUCGUUGCACAGUUCCUAGCACCGUAGCCCUCACGUUCGAUGAUGGGCCCGACAUUUAUACCUCUCAGCUUCUAGAUAUUCUCAGCGAAUACGACGCGCGCUCUACCUUCUUUGUAAACGGGUACCAGCUGUCAAACCACCGCGAUGUUCUAACCCGCAUACUGAACGAAGGACACCAAAUUGGUUCCCAUACAUACGAUCACGCUCGACUUUCCACUUUACCGUACGGUGAGAUCGUCGAACAAAUGAGCCGGCUGGAAGCAGCAGUGCUGGCCGUGCUGGGUGUCGCUCCGACCUAUAUGAGACCGCCCUAUCUCGCGAUCAACGGAGAAGUUCUUGCCGCAAUGAGCGAUCUGGGAUACCAUGUCGUCAGCGCCAGCGUCGACACCAAGGACUACGUGCACGAUCAUCCGGAUUUGAUUCCGAGGAGCUUCACGAGAUUCGUGGAAGGUCUGAAUGCCGGAGGCACGAUUGUCCUGGCGCACGACACCCAUGAGCAGACGGUGGCAGUCUUGACCCGGGCGAUGUUGGACGAGAUCGUGGCUCGAGGCCUGAAUCCUGUCACGGUAGGAGAUUGCUUGGGGGACCCGGAGGGUAAUUGGUAUCGUUAAAAAAAG